AGGAGACCAAAGCCCCGAGGGCUGCUGUCAGAGGGAGGCUCUAACCCAGCAGGCUGCUGAAAGGACCCACAGGCCAGUCAUCAGGGGCUCGGCUCAGCGCGGAGGCAGGACAAUGGCGAGGGACAAUAUCUAUGAGAACAUGCUGAUGACGGAAGCUGCUCCCCAGCCCAAAGGAAAUUCUCUCAAGACAUCGGUCCCUUGGCGGCACAGGGCAGGGGGCAUCGUCACUGCUGUCCUUCUCCUCCUGGGUCUGGCCCUGGCCACGUCCCUCCUUGCUGUGACACUUCUCUAUCUCCGGGCACAGAGCAAGCUGCAAGCGGUUGAAGAAGCGGCGCAGAAGCUCCAAGUCUCUCUGCAGCCUGACAACGCCUCGGACGCGUCAGCAAAGGGAUCGGACAGUCUGCAGCUAUUGGAUGAAGCGCAGGUAGGAGUCCGGAUCCUGAAAGCCCAGCUGGGUAACGUCAGUGCAGCGUAUGGAGAAAUCCAGAUCCGUCUGGACAAUGUCAGUGCAGCGUAUGGAGAAAUCCAGAUCCGGCUGGAUAACGUCAGUGCCGCACGAGCAGCAGUGCAAGGUCGCUGCAGUGACGUGCUGACAAAGCUCUCCAGGGGCUGGAAGUUUUACGGUGGGAACCUCUAUUACUUUUCACAAGAACGGAAGUCGUGGGACGAGGCCGAGCGGUUCUGUGUGUCUCAGGACUCGCACCUGACCUCUGUCUCCUCCCAGGCGGAACAGGAGUUUCUCUCCAGCGAUACCAAAGAUCAAAAUCACUGGAUUGGACUCACCGACCGGGAGACAGAAGGCAACUGGCGCUGGGCGGAUGGCACAGAAUACAGAGCAGACGCAAGCAGGGGGUUCUGGGCGGAGAAUCAGCCAGACAACUGGGAUCAGGGGAUUGGAGGCAGAGAAGACUGUGUUCACAUCCAUUCAAUCAACCGGAAUUUGUGGAAUGAUGCCAACUGCACUCUGCCUUCUAUGUGGAUUUGUAAGCAGGCCCAUGGACCAGCUGGGAUGUGACAUGCAGGUCCCAGCACCUCAGAAAGCACCUUAAUUUCCAAGCAAGAAUAUUUCCCAGCCACCCGCUGGUGAGGAGCUCAGUUUGACAGCAGCCUGUCUGGCAAGAGAUCACUUAUCAAUGGUUGUGGUUGUGAAACCCUCAUUUCUCUGUGUUUUAUUUUUUUGGCCCCCACUUUUCUAUUGUUAAUCUGUCUGGUUCUCUAACUGUUUCUCUCUGCUGUGUAAUUAAUUUUGGUAGGUGUCAGUUAAUUAGGGUAGUGGGAUAUAAUUGGUUAGAGAAUUAUGUUCCAAUAUGUUAGGAUUGGUUAGAUAGAUUUCAGUACAAUGAUUGGUUAAGGUAUAGCUGAGAAUAUUACUAUAUAAACUGGGGUCAAACAGGAAGUAGGCAGGGAAAUUGGAAUCAAGUUUGCUGGACAGUAACCCCA